GUCUCAUAAUGCUUUAUCAGCUUUAAAGAGAGUAGAGAUAUCAUCUACAUGGAGCAAUUACUCCCUGCACUUCUAAAUUCCUAUACAAAAUUGUCCUUAUUUCCUCUCUUAUGAUCUGCUCAAGCUGGAGGUAACGUAAGUAAAUGUAUCUUCACUGCAGGGGAUUGUCAAGCCACCCAUUGGAUGAUCAAAACCGAAUUCCUCUUCAGCCAUGCUCAACAAAUCCUGAAACAUAGGCUGGCUCAAGUAGGAUACUGGAACUAUAAACCGCUUCUUCUGUGUCUCCCCAACAUACACUGCUAGGAAACCUUUAGGCACAUCUGGAAACCUUGAAGUCGCUUUGUUUGAACCAGAUCCUGACCGGCGAAGAAUUUGCUUAGCAAGAUUUCCUGGUAAGCCAAUGGCCAUGAUGUUAUUCUUUUAACUAAAUUUGGUGUUGAAUUGAAAGGAUUUUUUAAGAUAAGAAACUGAGAACUUGUUUUUCUGUUGGUUCCGAAGUUUGUUCAUGAUGAUCUAUAUAUAGAUAGAGGGGUUCUUGCUUAUCCUCCGCAGUUUGGAGAGUAGGCCUGAAACCCAGUUGGGCAAUAGCUCAUGAGUCGUCACAUGGCCUUGUCUUCCUGUGGGAACAAUUUUAAGGGCCUGAGAUGGUGCGUACCCUACAAGUUUGAGGGGUAGGCUACUGGAUGAUCACUCAUCCUUAAUAAUAGGAUUUACAUAUAAGAAAAUGAAGGUUGAGCUGUCACAUGAGCCUGUCUUCCAAUCAGAUCACAAAUUGUAGGGACUGAAUGCAUGUCCUUCAGUUUGAUGGAUAGGCCGGUGAACGAUCAGAAUAGAACACUUGAUAUAGGACUUUCAUAUUAUUAAUAAUGAAGUUGUUAUGGUUCAUCUAGUUGUCCAUAACUGUAAGCGACAAGGUUAGAUGCAUGUAAUGAAGUUUUGUUUUGAAGUGAUUUCAGUUCUUAGAAGGCGGAUGGAACAUGAGGCAAGACCUGGCGGUUGUGGCAUCCAGCGUAGCAGAGAAGGAAUGGCUAAAGGUGAAAACAUAUUACAUUAACAUCUCCGUGUAGAAUUCAUUCCGAGUUUCAAGUUAAUGGUAGUAUUUAUGCGAGUGGGUCACCAAGAAGUGUGCUAUCACCAAAUCUUGAAAGAAAAUAUCAUGACGUGUUCCAUGCAAUGGAGUUUCUUGUUGCUGGUAAUAUGUUACCCUGGUUUAUUCUCUAGGUCUCUUGCUUCCCUCUAUUGGUAUCAUGCACUGGGUUAGCCCUGAGCAAAUGCUUAUAUCUGUAUGCCAUUAAAUUGUAAGCAAAGGUUUCAGAAGGUAAAAAUGGAUAAGAGUUAUUUUUUUCUCUCUCUCCAAAUAACAGAUUGAGACUGGUAUCUUGGGAAGGACAAAUAUUGGAUUUGGGUAAAGUAUGUAAGUGCAAUUUUGCUGUAUGCAGUGACUAGAAUGGUACUGCUCAAUAGGUGAGGUAGCACUACCAGAAUAUAGGAUGUUGGUUCACAAAAGUGUUAAAGAUCUGCAUGGUUACGUUUAGAUUCAAGCUAACAUUCCCCCCUUACAUUUGGUUUUUGUACAGCUUUUGGGCGGUUCUUGAAAAUGCACUCCUUAUCAGUCACAGUGAGGUGACUUUUGUUUUAUCAAAACUAUAAUCUGGGUGUCUGAAUAACUAAGCAAGUUCAAUGUUUUCGUUACAAAUUGGAACUCAUUUCCACAGAUAAGCAGAGGAAGUGAAGGAGUACAGAAGAAACAGGAAACUCAUUAUGUGAUGAGAAACCAACGCCGUUCUGUUCAAUACAAAUAUACAGGUAAACUUCUGUCAUUCAUCUCAUAAAUCUAUAUCAGCUCUGGAGGUGAGGAUGGAUCUACAUGUUGCAAUUAGAAGUAUCCUUCCUAGUUCCCAUUCAAAAUUGUCUUUUAACUGCUCUCUUUUUCUUAUGACCAGCUCAAGCAGCAAGAGGUAAGUAACAUGAGGAAAUGCCUCUUUGCCGCAGGGGAUUGGCAAGCCAGCCAGCCAACCCAUUGGAUGAUGAAAGCCAAACUCUUCUUCAGCCAUAUUCAAUACUUGAAAUGAAGGCCGACUUAAGUAGGACACUGGAACUGCAAAUCACUUCUUCUGUGUCUCUCCAACGUAACAUACACCGCCAGGAAACCUUUUGGCACAUCCGCAAAUCACUUGUUUGAGUCAAGUCCUGACCGGCAAGGCAUUUGCUUAACGAGAUUACUAGGCAAGUCGAUAGCCAUCAUCUCUUUAUGUUCCUCCAAAUUAGUGUUAGAGAAAUUUAGACAAGUAUCUCAGUUGAGAUGAUUGUCCCUUGUUUAGUGUUUUGAGUUGAUAUUAUUGGCCAAAGCCUAGAACAUACUUCUUCUUAAUCCACAAAUUUGGAGUUGGGGCCUAAUACUCUCCCUCCCAAGUUUACAGUUUUGACGAGGCAUCACAUGAUCAUGUCUACAAUAUUCCUCCUCCAGCCGAGCCGACUGUACAGAGGACCCACCUUGUCUGCUAUGCAUUACAAUAAAAGAAAAGACAAGAUUGCGUUGCGACUGCAAAAUAUCAGAACUUUAAUGCAAUGAUAAGAUGGGACGUAUCACCACAAACACAAGCAGAGUAAAGUACAGAAGCUAGCUGAAGUUCUGAAGAUCUCAAUAUUCAAUUAAUGGCUUCCCUCGACGAUUUCCCAUUCCUCCCGUUAUUCAUUACAUCCAUUACCAUCAUCAUCAUCAUCAUUACUCUUGUCACCUUACUGACAACCAGGCACAACCGGUCAUGGUCAUCAGCCUCCGCCAAGAAAUUACCCCCGGGCCCAUGGAAGCUACCGGUGAUCGGGAACCUCCACCAUCUGAUCGUCGGGGAAGAUCUUCCUCACCGCCGCCUGAGAGAGCUGGCAGAGAAGCACGGCCGCCACAUCAUGCACCUCCAGCUUGGGGAGCUCUCCAAUAUCGUCAUCUCCAGCCCCGAGGCCGCGAGACAAGUCCUCAAACUCCACGACCACGCUUUUUCGUCGAGGCCGUACCUCCUCGCCGGCGACAUCUUGUUCUACGGCACCAAAGGAAUCGGCUUCACCCCCACCGGCGACCACUGGAGGCAUAUGCGCAAGAUCUGCGUGGCGGAGCUUCUCAGCCCCAAGAGAGUUCUUUCUUUCCGUCCCAUCAGGGAAUCCGAGGCCUCCAAGCUCGUCGGUCUUGUCCGCUCCCGGAGUGCCGCCGGAGGAGGGAUCGAUGUUACCAGGCUGCUGGCGUCGGCGUCCAGCAGCUUCACUUUCAGGACGGCGUUCGGCAUGGUGAAGGAUUUGGAUGAGGCGACAUUCUCGAAACUUGUCGCUGAUAUUUCGGAUGCUGCGGGUGGAUUCAGAGUCUCCGAUCUAUUCCCUUCCCUAAAAUUCCUUCCAAGUCUGACUGGGUUUAGAGCUCAACUCACCAGGAUGCAUUUUGCUACUGAUACGAUGCUUGAUGAUAUCAUCCAUGAACAUCAAGCCAAAAGAUUAGCUUCAAAAAUGCAAGCUAUCAACCGUUCUGAUGAAACCCAUAUCGAUUUGGUCGAUGUUCUUCUGAAUCUCUUGGAAAAUCCCCAAUUGCCGGAAAUCCCCUUGACAAUGGAGGCAACCAAAGCUGUCAUUUUGGAAAUAUUCUUGGAUGGUACUGAGACAUCAACAACGACACUAGAGUGGACCAUGUCAGAAUUGAUCAAAAAUCCAAAAGUGAUGCAACAAGUGCAGGAAGAAGUGCGGCAGAAGUUUCGUGAUAAAGACAACCCCAUUAGUGAAGACGGGCUUCAGGAAUUGAAGUAUUUAGAUGCGGUCAUCAAGGAAAGUUUAAGAUUGCACCCGCCACUUCCAUUACUUCUUCCACGAGAAGGGAUAGUGAGGGCAGAAAUCGAUGGCUACGAUAUCCCCGCGAGAACUAAAGUCAUCAUUAAUGCUUGGGCUAUUGGAAGGGAUUCUCGUCAUUGGAAAGAACCGGAUAAAUUCUAUCCUGAAAGGUUUCUUGACGACUUCUCAACCGAUUACAAAGGGUCGGAUUUAAAGUUUAUCCCAUUUGGUUCUGGAAGGAGGAGCUGUCCUGGACUAACAUUUGGAAUGGCUGUUGUGAAACUCAUGCUGGCGAAUUUGUUGUAUCAUUUUGACUGGAAGCUUCCAGCCAAAAUGAAUCAUGAAGAUUUAGAUAUGAAUGAACGUUUCGGAGCGUCAGUAAGAAGAAAACACAAUUUGUGCUUGAUUCCAACGACAUAUGAUCCAUUAAUGCAUAACUAAGAGUGCAGAAAGUGUACUACUUGCUAUUUGGGAAAUAUAAAAAGAAAAUGACCUUGCAAGGCUGUUUUAUUUUUCAUUCUUGUACAUUUUUCCUAUAUCGUUUGAACUUUAUUUCUCCUUUCCUUAUUGAUAUUCCGAAGGAAAAGAAAAGACUAGUUUAUUCGACAAAAUAUGUCAUAUUGCUAUGUUUUUUGUGUAGUAUUUUUUCCUUAGUUACAGAGUUUUGAUAAGGAUGGGCCAGACUAUCAUGUCUCUCCACUAGAGGUAGUAAGAUUAGGUGUUAAAUGAGGUUUGUUAGCGGUCAAAUUAGAAAUGAUUUGUAGACAAGAUUAAGAUUGGUUACACUUUGUUUUCUAAGAGAGGAAGAAAAAUAAGGUGGAGAUGGAAAGUUUGAAGGAGAGGUAAAAUUUGAAGGGGAGGAAAAUGUUGUUAGGAGGGAAAUGAGGAAAAAGUUGUUGAAAAAUGUGAUAAAUACGUUAUAUUACGAGGAAGUAAGAGUAAACUUGUGUAAAUGAUAUCUUUUAUAAAUGAAAAUAGUAGCAUAUAUUUUUUACCAUCAUUAUAACAUGAUAUCAAAUUACUCAAUUCAAAAUCCCCCCCCCCAAACAAAAAUAUAUCAAGUCAAAGUGACUUCAUUAUAACAUGAUAGCAAAAAUGAUAUUUCUCAAACAAAGGAAUUUGCUAUCACUUAACCUGAGUUGGUAUAUAUAACAACAUAAGCCUCUACAAGAUGAAUGUCUCGAGUUAGGGUCAUUGUAACGUCGAAUACUACUCUCGACUUCAAAGCAGGUAUAGGAUUUUUGUAGAAUUAUAUGUGCAAGCAAGUAAUGUUUAAUGAAAUAAAGGGAUGCAUUCUUAGUAUACACUUCAAUAAGGUUCAUAUCUUAUGAGGGAAAUUGCGAUGAAUCUUAUCUGGACGUGUGUGUAAAGUAAUAGCCACAAGUGGAAAUAAAAUAUCUUACGAAGUACAAACUACAAUUAUUUAGCCUGGGAAAAUGACAAGGAAGCAUGGAUCAGUCUGUGAAUAUUUUAAUAAUAAGUAGCGAGACCAAAAUAUGCCACAUAACUCGACCAAAGUUCAGAUCCUGUGGGGGAAAAUCAUGAAUCUUAUCUGGAUGUCUGCACAUUACAAUUAAUUAUAAUCUUGGAAAAUGACAAGGAACUGAGGAAGCAUGGAUCAGUUUGGUCCACCAAAAAUAAUAGAAAAUACAGAACCCAAUAAAUAAUAAAUAGAAUAAUAGAAACCGGCGCCAAUUUCUUCAUCUCCUCCUUUUAACUUCCAAGAAGUUGCUAAUGAGUAUUAGGAGUGGCUAUAUAAUACAGUCCGGUUAAAUUGAUGCGAAUUGAUUUAGUUUUGGUCCGGUUUGAGAAUGUAAGGAGUAAAGAUUGAAUUGGAUAUAGUACUACGGUCUUGAUUCGGUAUGGUCUGGUCUUGAUCCAGUCCGAUUCCAAUUUGAUUUUUAUUUUAGAUUGAGUUUGUGAGGAUUUGAGUGGUCUGAGGCCUCAAAGGGUGAGGAGUUGGUUAAGUUUUGGGUGAUGGAUUCUAUCCGGUCUUUAUCCGAUUUUCGAUCCGAUGUCAAACGAUUUUUUAUCUCAAAUCUAAGCCCAAAAAUGAAAUUGAAUUGUUUGC